AAACUGUCACUACGAACUGUCAGGCUGUGGCCGUCACUCGGAGGGAAAAAGAAGCAGAAGACGAUCCGCUGUCCAAUCUCGUGCUGGUUGAAAAUUCACUUUGAAAGCCGAUAGCUUCGAUUCGCACGCUCGACCCCAACCCAAAAGCAGCAGCAAAAUGUCGGAUCCGGUGGCGCGUCCAAUGAAGUUCCCGUACACCUUCUCGGCGAAGGUGGCACAGUUCCCGAUCCAGCACUACUUCAAGAACCAGUGGAUCUGGCGCUAUUACUUCAUCGCGUUCGGCGUAUCCAUUCCGCUGUUCUACAAAAUCCACAAGCUCGCCAACUCGCCGGCCAACCAAGCGAAAUGGGCUGAAUCGAAGAGGAAGGAGCACGAGGAACACCAUUAGGCCGGAUAAGGGAUUGAUUCGUCAGCAUUCAAGCCUUCCUACAACUAGGUCAAAAGUCAGGUCCAUUCUACAAUCAACAACAAGAGCAUCGGAUCGGAUCCGGUUCCUGCUGGAACUGGCCGCCUGUGGAUGUGUACCGGUGUCUGUGCGAGUGUGACCAUCUUUCCGAGAUGGUGUGAAGUGUUUUAUCACACGCCCACCCCACAUCCAGCUAGAUUGGACAGUAAUAAAGUCUUGCUAAACUAAA